AUGAAGGAACAGGCCAAGGAACAGACGUCGACAAUUUCAAAACCGGACGCGGUAAUGAAUGUUGAGCAGUCUUCUGGGAAGGAUUUGUUUGAAUUUAGAGAAUUUAGUAAGGUUAGGGUGCAUGGGAAUUCUUCUGUGAAGGAUAGCGAUAUAUUUGGGGAAAAGUCCUUGGACGGACAUUGGAGUAUGGCGUUGGAGGAUGAUCAAUAA